CAGAAAGUUUUCUGUUGAGCUUAGUAUAAUAAACUUCUGUUCUGAAAACUAAUACAUUUUGAAUUAAACAAUGCACAGAAGUCAAGAUGGAUAACAUCUUUCUGUGGAGUCUCCUAUUGAUUGUUUUUGGACAUCAAACCUCAAGACUCAUGGCUCAAAAAAAUAUAGAAUUUGCAGUGGAUCUUUAUCAAGCAGUUUCCUUAUCUCAUAAGAGCAACAUUAUAUUUUCCCCCCUUGGAACAACUUUGGUUCUUGGAAUGGUACAAUUGGGAGCAAAAGGAAAAGCACAACAACAGAUAAGACAAAGUUUGAAACUACAAGAAACCUCAACUGGAGAAGAAUUUUCUGUACUGAAGUCAUUUUUCUUUGCCAUCUCAAAGAAAAAACAAGAAUUUACAUUUAAUCUUGCCAAUGCCCUCUACCUUCAAGAAGGAUUCACUGUGAAAGAACAGUAUCUCUAUGGCAACAAGGAAUUUUUUCAGAGCUCUAUAAAACUGGUGGAUUUUCAAGAUGCAAAGGCUUGUGCAGAGACAAUAAGUACCUGGGUAGAAAGCAAAACAGAUGGAAAAAUUAAAGACAUGUUUUCAGGUGAAGAAUUUGGUCCUCUGACUCGGCUUGUCCUGGUGAAUGCUAUUUAUUUCAAGGGGGAUUGGAAACAGAAAUUCAGGAAAGAGGACACACAGCUGAUGAAUUUUACUAAGAAAGAUGGCUCAGCAGUCAAAAUUCCAAUGAUGAAGGCUCUUCUAAGAACAAAAUAUGGAUAUUUUUCUGAACCUUCCAUGAACUACCAGGUUUUGGAAUUGCCUUAUAAAGAUGAUGAAUUUAGUUUAAUCAUUAUACUUCCUGCAAAAAAUAUGAACAUAGAGGAAGUGGAAAAACAAAUUACUGCUCACCACAUCCUGAAAUGGUUCUCUGAGAUGCAAGAAGAGGAAGUGGAAAUAAGCCUCCCUAGAUUUAAAGUAGAACAAAAAAUAGACUUCAAAGAAGCUUUGUAUUCAUUGAACAUAACUGAGAUAUUUAGCAGUGGCUGUGACCUUUCUGGACUAACAGCAACAGAGGCCUUGGAAGCGACAACAAAACAGAGAAGAUGGAGCGAUUUUGCUAACUUGCACCUGGAGGCUCCUGCGUGGUGAAGAUGCUCACUUGCACAGCAAAGCCAAGACGGUCUUUUAAUUCUUCUGGUCCUGGAAGGACUCACUAGUUCAAAAAUAACUCGGAGAAAAAAGAAAUGGAUGAGGAGGGCCAAUUUGUCCCAAACUAUUUACCCUCUUUUAAACUUAGUCUUCUGUUUUACAAAAAGGGAACUUGCCUGUCUGAUGGGUUUUUGUAUUAUAACAUGAAGUAUUAUGAAAAUAUGUUGUGUAUUUUUAUAUAGAUACCUGGGCUUUGGAGAGGUAUUCAUUAAUUUAGUCACCUAUCAAUUGUGUGGGUAAAUGAAUAGAAUGAGUAAGCUUUCCUGGUGGGGGAGGUGAGUGAGGUUCACAGGUGUCAACAAUGUUCAUUAUCACCUUCUCACACGAUGCUACUUGUUCUCACACUGACAGACCUGACUUUGACAAUUUCAUCAGCACCAGGUAUGAAACAGUCAACAUUAAAUACUGCAGCAAGAUGCUAUAUCAGUAUACCUUGGAACACAGCUACCGCAGAAAAAUCAAACCAUUUUUCAAGCACUUCGUUCUCUUCAACUUUUUUCUAGCCUUAGAAAACUUACUUGAUAUACCUCAGACAUUUCAAACAGCUACUUAUUCUGCAAAUUCCCAGCAAUCUGUAACUUCUAUAAAAUCUCCUUUUACAGAGUUUUAAAGAAAAUACCUCCAAAAUGCUUCAUAAAAGAAUUUGUUCACGGGAAUGAACCCUGAGCAGAGAGAAAUAAAUGCCUAGCAUUUUCUGCUCUUUCCUGCCUGAGUUACUUAUUUGAGCUGUUUUAACGACUUUGGCUCUGUCGUACUGCCUGGAAUGGAACAGCCAUAGUCCAUGCUGACACUACAGCUGGCGGCUCGGAGCACAGUGAAUUCCCUGCUAUCACCACUCAUCAUUUGUGCAGUAAACAUUCACUAACGGCCACUGUGAACCAGUCCAACACUAGUGCAACAGGAACUUUCUACAUGAGAGAACGCUACCUCGUUCUCAUGUAGUUCACAAGAUUUGAAGAAAAUGUUCUUAUAGAUUUAUUUUGGAAACUUUGAGAUAAAUUUUUCACUUCUCACUCUGUCAUUACUUCUUGUGUCACAUGUAGUAAAGUACUUAACCUUUCUGAGCCUCAAUUUUCUAAUCUGUUAAGUGAGAUAAUAUGUAGUGAUUU